AUGCUGGCUGACCAGUGCACAGGCCUUCAGGGCUUCCUGGUUUUCCACAGCUUUGGAGGUGGCACCGGCUCUGGUUUCACCUCUCUGCUGAUGGAGCGCCUGUCUGCUGACUACGGCAAGAAGUCCAAGCUGGAGUUCUCCAUCUACCCAGCUCCCCAGGUGUCCACAGCUGUGGUGGAACCUUACAACUCCAUCCUGACCCCCCACACCACCCUAGAGCACUCUGACUGCGCCUUCAUGGUGGAUAAUGAGGCUAUAUAUGACAUCUGCCGUAGGAACCUCGACAUUGAGCGUCCCACCUACACCAACCUCAACAGGCUCAUUAGCCAGAUUGUUUCCUCCUUGGUGCCUUAUACACAUAUUCAUUUUCCUCUGGCCACCUAUGCCCCAGUUAUCUCUGCAGAGAAAGCUUACCAUGAGCAGCUCUCUGUGGCUGAAAUCACCAAUGCCUGUUUUGAGUCAGCCAAUCAGAUGGUGAAAUGUGACCCUUGCCACGGCAAGUACCUGGCAUGUUGCCUUCUGUACCGUGGUGAUGUGGUGCCCAAGUAUCUCAAUGCUGCUAUUGCCACCAUCAAGACCAAACUCACCACCCAGUUUGUUGACUGGUGCCCAACUGGUUUCAAGGUUGGCAUCAACUAUCAGCCUCACACUGUGGUCCCUGGUGGAGACCUGGCCAAAGUCCAGAGGGCUGUGUGCAUGCUGAGCAACACCCCUGCUGUGGCAGAGGCCUGGGCUCGUCUUGACCACAAGUUUGACCUGAUGUACGCCAAACGUGCACUGGAAAAAUCUCUGUGCUAG